CAAUGCUUCUACUUAAUUAUUUAACACAUAUCAAAAAGAACAUUACAUUACAUGAAAUAUCUGGAAGCUUAGGCGAUCUGGGUACUCUUUUGCCUAUUAUGAUCUCCCUGGCUAUUUCCGGGCAAAUCAACUUGACAAGCACCUUAUGGUUUACAGGUAUAUGGAAUGUUUUAUCAGGCAUCUUAUUCCGUGUUCCUGUAUGUGUUCAACCAAUGAAAGCUAUUGCUGCUGUUGUGCUAGCUAAAAAUAUGUCAAUUCAAGAAAACAUGGCUGCUGGAUUAAGUGUUGCCAUGCUUGUUUUCUUUCUGGGUAUUACACGUACAAUUCAUUUGGUAGGUACAUUUACACCCACGCCUGUUAUCAAGGGCCUUCAAUUGGGUACUGCUGUCCAACUGAUCAUUAAGGCGCAUAAUCUGAUCCCAAACCUCAAGUGGAGAAUUGAUAGCUCAAAUUGGGCAGAUAACAAUACUUGGGUCCUCUUGUCUUUUAUCUUUGUUGUCGCUUGUUACCGUACUAAGGUGCCUUCUGCAUUAAUCUUGUUUCUGAUCGGUCUUGUAUUUGCAUUAGUGCUCAUGUUUGGUACAGGCGCUGGCAAAGAUUUACCACGUCCUUCAGUAAUCGGAGGUCAUUAUCCAAACACUGUGAUUGUGCCUAGUCCACAUGAAUUCCGUGAUGGCUUUUUAAAUGCUGGUCUAGGCCAAUUACCCCUUACUACCUUAAACUCUGUCAUUGCUCUUUGUGCUCUAAUUGAUGAGCUGUUUCCCGAGCGACAUGCUGCUACUUCGCAUGUUGCAGUGAGUGUUGGCCUUAUGAACUUGAUUGGUUGUUGGUUUGGUGCCAUGCCUGUCUGUCAUGGUUCUGGAGGACUUGCUGGUCAAUAUCGAUUCGGAGCUAGAUCCGAAGUCUCUGUCAUCUUUCUAGGUGCCUGUAAAUUAGUACUUGGUAUUCUCUUUGGCUCUUCUGUCGUAGGUUUAUUGAAGUUGUUUCCAACUUCUAUCUUGGCUGUCAUGCUCUUUAUUUCUGGUAUUGAGUUAGGAUGUGCUGCUCGUUCAGUAAAUGAUAACAUCAAAGAUGAGAUCCAUAAGCGAGAGAACUUUGUUAUUUUAUUGUUGACUACUGGUUCGUUGGUUGCCUACUCAAAUGAUGGUAUCGGGUUUGUAGCUGGCCUGGUAUCUGCUGCUUUAUUGAGUAUGCAGCGAUUGGGACUAAAGACAUGGAUAAAGUAUACAUGGGAGGGUAUCAAAUCUGUACCUUAUGUAUGGAAAGAUCAAACCAUGAAAAAGUUUGAAUUACCCACUACAGUUUCUACAAAUCUACAUGAAGAAACAGUGCCUGUUUCUAGCUCAAGUACUUCAAAGCCUCCAGUCUAUGAUUCUCAAAUGAUAAAGCCUUCCUCAACACAAAACGUUGAUCAGAAAUAACGAUA